AUGGCCUGCUGUCAAACUAGCUUCUGUGGAUUUCCCAGCUGCUCCUGUGGGACCUGUGGCCCCAGCUGCUGCCAGCCGACCUGCUGCCAGACCAGCUGCUGCCAGCCAACCUGCUGCCAGACCAGCUGUUGCCAGCCAACCUGCUGCCAGACCAGCUGCUGUGGGACCAGCUGUGGCACUGGCUGUGGCCAGGAUUGUGGCUGUGGAGGUGUGAGCUGCCGCACCAGGUGGUGCCGCCCUGACUGCCGCGUGGAGGACACCUGCCUGCCCCCCUGCUGUGUGGUGAGCUGCACGCCCCCAACCUGCUGCCAGCUGCACCAUGCCCAGGCCGCCUGCUGCCGCCCAUCCUACUGUGGACAGUCCUGCUGCCGCCCAGCCUGCUGCUGCUACUGCUGUGAGCCCACCUGUUGA